AGAAGUGCUAAUCACUGGAUGUGAGAUUUUCCAAACAUAAACUCUUAGACACCGCAUUUAUUUGAAUAACAUAUAAUUUUAAAUAUAUAAUAACACAUCUUUGCAAUGCAAUCAUUAAAAAGUGAAAAAAAAUAAUUGUGUUGGACCAAGAAAAUGUUUAAAAUGUCCCUUUCCUUCGUCCAUAGUCCAUACUGACAAGACAAUUAAUUGUCAACAACCAAUAGACAUAUGUCCAACAUUAGGUCAAUACCUCAAUAACAUCCACUGUACGGAGAGCGACGCGCAACAAUAGCGUCUUUUUACAGCAAUUAUGGGAAGCAUUUGCUUUUUCCCCAAGUGUGUGCCGAAAAUUCGCGACUUCGUGGUGUUUCCUUUCACUCGUACGCGAGAAUUCGAGAACUGGUGGAUUAAGUCAGGCUGGGUAAAUGCGAUCCCCCUCAGCAAGCUGCCGAGCAAAAUAUUGAUAUGUGAGGAGCACUUCGAAAAGGAUCUCAUCAACAGGCGGUAUAAGGUGCCGAGGCUUGCCCUAGGAGCUUUACCUACGCGCAACGUUGAAUGUCCAGCCAAUACAGCGAAUCCUUCAAGCGAUGGAGCUACACAAAACAAUGCGCAGAACGUGAAGAGAGAAUCCUACUGCCGGUUGUGCGGGCAAGCUCAAACCACCCACAUUUCGAAUGAACCGGAUUUGUUAUUGAAGCUCGAUAAGAUAUUUCAACAUCAGUUACAUCUUUCCGAUUCCUCCAAGCUACCAGUCGGUGUUUGCUAUAGCUGCAAAGAAACGGCCAACGGGAUCCAAGCAUUCUGGAAGACGUGUACCCAAGCGCAGGAAACUUUAAAGGCAAUUUUCAGCAAGCCACGUGUGGCAAAAUGUCCCGAGCCCACGGAGGCAGCUAUUGCAACGAAAUCUAUCCAAGAAAGCAGCAAUCUGGAAGGGGGCAUCUUCGCAACCAAAGAAUCUUUUCCGGCUGAAUGUGAAGAAAUCGUGAUCGACACGACAUCAACGCAGGUCACGGAAGAGCAAUUUGCCAACGAGUACGAGUUUGAAUCGUACUGCGAGGAGCUACCGGCUGGUACUGCGGAGGAGUCCGAAGAAGUUAUCGAACUAACCGAACCCGACAAUCAGCUCAUUUCGGACGACUAUUCGAUUGACUACGGAGACGAUUCCUCUUCUGAAGAGUUUACGGGCAACCUGUCAUCAUCAGACAGGGGCGAGUAUCGUGCUCCAGUUAAAAAGGAUGCCACAACACCAAUUACAGAAACCAAACACAUUUGUGAAGUGUGCGGCAAUGCAUUUAAAUCGCUUAACGGGCUUAAAGCACACCUACUCGUGCACAGUGAGCGUCGCGAUCACCAGUGCACUAUAUGUGGCCACGAGUUUAAGCAGCGUCGGGCGCUGGUGGAGCACAUCGAGUCGAAACACGAGCGCAAAACCUUUCCGUGUAAAAUAUGCGGCAUGCCGUACAGCUGGAAAAAAGGAUUGCAGCGUCACAUGAAUACCCACAAAGGAAACACACUGAAGCAUGUGUGUAAAGUGUGCGGUAAAGCAUUUCCCGUACCUCACAAGCUGAAGCUGCACAUGAUGCUGCACACAGGCGACCGGAUUCACUGUGAAUUCUGCGGCAAGGGAUACAGGUUUAACUACAUGUUGACGCAACACAAAAUACGCGUGCACAAUAUGGUGAUCGAGGGCGUCAAGCUUUAUUCAACACCAAAGCAAAAAAGGUUGGGUGACCGUAAAAAAUGAACUCCAGCGGAAUGGGUAACGAAACAAAUCAAACGAAAACACUUUGAUCGACAAAACGAUACCACCACUCAUCAGUCUUAUCUUCAAACCAGUGCGUUGUUUGAUGAAACGAAAUAUAAUCGUUCAGAAACUAUAA